UUGCAACCCUCGCGAGGGGUGCACGCUUUAUAAAUUUUAUCGUGUAAUUAUCUUGUUACUGAAGAACUAAUAUGGACUCUUCGGUAGUCAAGAGCGAAGAGAGUCUGCAAUGUAGACCCAAGUUUCGAGCCUGGUGUCAAACCCGACGCUGUCAACUCUGGCGUCUUCUCCUACUGCCUUUCAUACCAAUUCUGGCCCUGAUCGUUCAGACAACACUAUCGCUCAAGAACAGUCUCACUAAUGGAUUGGAGGUUGCUGAUGUUGAAGAACAGGUUAGCCGAGCAACUGAGUUGGGAAAGUUGGUCACGAGAUUGCAGCAAGAGAGAUCUGAAGUUGCGUUCUUCAUCUUCACCAAUGGAAGUACAUUAAGAUCGAACCUUACACAGCGUUUUGAGGCGACAGACAACGCGCUCCUACAAAUGGGCGACUUACCACCUCUUAUGUUCAAGAACAGACUGAAACCGAUAGAUGGCGCAGCAUUUUUACAGGAAUUGUCGGAACUAAGAGCGAGCAUAAACCCCAGCACCCCUAUGUCGGAAGUGGUGGAGUGGUACACAAGUGCCAAUGCAGUAUUUUUAGCACAUCUAACAAAGGAGAUUAAGGAUACCGAUAGUAGCACAAUUUGGAGAUACUUAGUGGGCUUCAAGAACCUCCUUCGAAGUAUAGAGUGCAAGGGCAUAGGAUCAGUUCUUGGGAUUAACUACUUCGCACGUGGCUAUCUUCAGGGCAGAGCUCAUGAGAGGUAUAUAGCUCACAUGGUGCUAGGCCGUGAUCUCUUGGACAAUACUCUUAAUCUGGUGCCUUCAUUGAUACCUCUCCACAAGGAUAUUAAGGAAGAUAGUCCAGAAUACAAAGUAUUAGAGAAAAAGAAUCAACAAAUAGUUGACAAUAAACAUCAACCGGGCAGUGUAUCGGAUGCGAUCGAAUAUUUCGACCAAACGGCAACUUUACUAGGAAAACUAAGAGCUGUUCAGAAGCAACUAAGAGAGUAUAUAAGAGAUGGCGUGAACGAAAACCUGCGCGAAGCGAGGCAAAGUGAGGCUGUGUGCGCAGCCAUACUUGUAUUGGUGUGUGUGAUUUCUCCUAUCAUCAUAGUCCUUGUUCGGAAUGCUGUUAAUACAAUACAGGUGUAUGCUCGCAAUUUGUCAGAGAAGGCAACAGAACUAGAAUAUGAGAAGGAGUUAAGCGAUUCCCUUCUCUAUCAGAUGCUGCCUGCUAGUGUCGCGAAACAGCUGAAGCAAACACAACAGGUCCCAGCUGAAUUCUUCGCUUCGGUAACUGUAUAUUUCAGCGAUAUUGUUGGUUUCACAGCAAUUGCAGCUGUCUCGACGCCCUAUCAGGUGAUUAGCUUUUUGAACUCUGUGUACAAACUCUUCGAUGAAAGAAUUGAAUGUUACGAUGUGUAUAAGAUAGAAACAAUUGGUGAUUCGUAUAUGGUCGCAUCUGGACUUCCCGUGAGAAAUGGCAACAGACACGCAACGGAAAUAGCUAGUAUGGCUUUAGAAUUACUUGAAGCAACGUCAAUGUGUAGACUACCUCACCGCCCUGAUCAGAUGUUGUGUAUGAGAAGUGGGAUCCAUACGGGUCCAUGCGUCGCGGGUAUUGUCGGGACCAAGAUGCCAAGAUAUUGCCUGUUUGGGGACACCAUCAACACUGCCAGCCGUAUGGAAAGUACUGGCGAACCAAUGAAGAUACAGAUAUCGGAAGACGUGAAACGUGCUUUGGACAGAACCGGACUUUUUGUAACCAGCCCGAGAGGAAUGAUAGACGUGAAGGGUAAAGGAGAAAUGAUGACACACUGGUUGGAAGGACGAACGGGACCUUCGCCAGCCCGUCCGACAGCAGCCCUGGACUGCACACCCAGCUUCCUCACCCGGAUCCACUCCCAUGGGCGAGCCUCGCCACGCUACCAGCCUGACAUACGAUCUUAAAUAUUAUGAUGUUUAAAUAAAAUAUUGCUUUAAAAUUAUUCAAUUAAUACUUGGCUGGAAUCUACAACUAAUUCUUAUGAUGAAAUCCAAUUUCUCAAUAAAAAAUAAAUUUUAACAUCGAAAUUGCUUUCGAAGUGUCAGUGAAGCCUGCUUUGCGAUUCUGUAACUCACUUUUCGAACUCACACAGCGGUUUAUCAGAAUGCCAAAUCGUAAAAUGACUGCUUCACGACUGAUUUGAGCGAGACCGCCGCUGCGAAAACCGCUGUGAGAGUUCGAAAAGCGAGUUACAGAAUCGCAAGGCUGCUAGCUUUACCGUAUUGCGCAAUUAAAGAAUAUAUUUAAAAAAUCAAAUAUUUUUGUCUAGGAGAUGUGAGUUUUAACAUAACAUAUGUUGUAUAUCUAAUAUUAUUAGUUUAACUAGUAUAAGUUUAUACAAUGCAAUGCAAAUGAAAAAUAUACAGCUUUCGCCUUCGUGAUAAAACUAUUAAUUGAUGUUUAAUAAAUAAUAAUCAAUGGCGCUACAACCUUUUUAGG